GUGACUUCUCCAAAAAGUGUCUUAGUUCCCGGUCACCUGAGCGUCCAGGACGCGUCCGCGGGAGCCUCGCUGAGCCACGCCUGUCGCAGCUCGGAUCCCGAGACCCGGCCCCUGCCCCUUACCCGCUGCCAGCCGCCCCCAGCCCCAGGCUCCGUCCUUCCCGCUGUCCCUUCCCCCGAACCCGGCCGGACCGAACCGGGCCGAGCUGGGCCGCCCCGGCGCGGCCGCUCACCAUGGCGUCCCUCUUCAAGAAGAAGACCGUGGACGACGUAAUAAAGGAACAGAAUCGAGAGCUGCGAGGCACACAGAGGGCUAUAAUCAGAGAUCGAGCAGCCUUAGAGAAACAAGAGAAACAGCUGGAAUUAGAAAUUAAGAAGAUGGCCAAGAUUGGUAAUAAAGAAGCUUGUAGGGUUCUAGCUAAGCAGCUUGUCCAUCUACGGAAACAGAAGACAAGAACUUUUGCAGUCAGCUCAAAAGUCACGUCAAUGUCUACACAAACUAAAGUGAUGAAUUCCCAGAUGAAGAUGGCUGGUGCGAUGUCUACCACUGCAAAGACAAUGCAAGCAGUUAACAAGAAAAUGGAUCCACAGAAGACACUACAAACAAUGCAGAAUUUCCAGAAGGAAAACAUGAAAAUGGAAAUGACUGAAGAAAUGAUCAAUGACACCCUUGAUGACAUCUUUGAUGGCUCUGAUGAUGAAGAAGAAAGCCAGGACAUUGUGAAUCAAGUUCUUGACGAAAUCGGAAUUGAAAUCUCUGGAAAGAUGGCCAAAGCUCCAUCAGCUGCCAGAAGCUUACCAUCUGCCUCCACCUCUAAGGCUACAAUCUCCGAUGAAGAGAUUGAACGACAACUCAAAGCUUUAGGGGUAGAUUAAAUCAAAAGCCAUACUAUUUUCACUUUCUACAAUUCUUUGAUCUAAAGUGGGUCCGUUGUAGAUUCCUUUUACAAAACAUAUUCAUUUUGCAAAAAUGAGGACCAUGAGUGAACAGUUGUUUCCUGACCCAUGGCUAUUUUGAAUCUUUGCCAAAGAAUAACAGUGAUGCGAAAAUGGGAACAGUUUGGGUUUUGAAUAGAAUCACGAAGGUCUGUUGAUGUGUGCAAAAUGAGUUCUUUCUGCAUCACAUAGAGAAACAGUGUCAGUACUUAGUGCUGGGAGUGUUCUAAAUCUUUUUACACCGAAAUCAGAGUUCUUGUUAAAUGCCGUUAGGCGCCAAUGUAAAGAGCCUUGUAAAAUAUUAAAGGUGUAUCGUUAAUUCUGUAUCUGUUGCUUGUCCUUUGUAGACAGUUCAGUUAGGACCACAGGCAGUGCAGCUGCCAAAUUAUUUUUAAACCAUCUAAAGAAGAGUGCUAUUUAAACAUCUGUCUUUAAAACUGUCAUGAGCUUUUACUUUUCUUCCAUUUUUCCCCCUUUGGGAGAACAUUCUAGUUGGUAAGUUUAUUACCUUUCAAAAUGUGCUUGGCACCUGCCUUAAAUAGCACAAACAUAUUGUGCACAUCUUUAAAUUAUUUUAACUGGCAAAAAAGAAUUUCACUUUAAAAUAAAGUAAGUCUUAGAACAGUUACCCAAGCUGUCUUUUAAAGCUUACAAAAGCAAAGUGGAUAUAAUUAGCAAAAUGAAGGAAGAAGAUGCUGAAUUAAUAACAUUUUAUAGCAAUGAAAGCACACUUGUUCUUUCUUCCAAGAACUGAGACUUUCUCCAUAUAAAUUAUGACUUAGUCUGUGUUGAAUUUUGAUUGUAUUAAUAUACACAUUAAACCCUAUAAAUUGAAGCCAUUCUUCCAAUUGCAGUACUACUACUAUGACAAUACUUGACCUAGAUUUCUAAAGUAAAGGGGUUUUUGUUUUGUUUUGUUUUUGGUAAAUAAAUUGCAACUUUGUCAGAAAUUACUGCCUAAAAUGCAUCAUUGUGUUAGCAGUAAUUUAAAAGUAAAUUAGCUAUGUUAUAUAGAGGCCAAGAGAAAGGAGAGGCUGCCACAGAGUUAGAAGUAGAAGAGUUAGAAUUAGCUUAGUUUUCAAGAAUGAUGUUGUAAUAUAUGAAUUCUGACACAUCUCAACACAGAAAGUGUAGGAACUCCUAUCAGUUUGACCUGGCUGAUCCCGAGGGAUGGACUUUUGGACUGUUGGAUAAGAAAGGCAGAUACAUACUGCCGCUUUAGACAUGGCACACAUACAUGCAAUGAACAGCAGCUCCCCCUGCCACCUACUUCAGACUCCGUAAGCAUCUUGUGUUCAGAGAGUAGGCCUCAGGACUGCUGGUCUUAAGUGAACAGUUAACAGUAACCCUAGACGGGAAUGGGUCCACACAUCAUACUGUAUCAUCGGGUAUUGCACCCAUACCUGCUUUGGAUGUACAUAGUAAUGCUGUCUAACCUGAUUUACCUUCUUGUUUACAUGUGGGAGCUUUGCGUUUUAAGAUUAUUUUGUCUUAAAAAACAAACUCAAUAAAGACUUAUUGCUCUUACCCAUUUUUCUUAACUCCUUUACUUUGUUUUUGACUGCUGUUAAGACUAGAAACUGUAUGCAUUUAAUAGUUUUAACAGAAUAAUUCUUGCUAUUUUUCUGUAAGGAAUUUUAGACUGCUGUGCUGCUUCAAUUUUAUAAAACAAGAGAAAAUGUUUUUUUUAAGAUCUGAAAAUUGUUACAGGAUUAGUGUUUGCCAGUGGGGCAAGCCCAAAAAUUAGUAGAUUUCAAUGAAACUGACUUGAUCCUUCCUUUCCUGCAGUCUCCAAGAACGAAACAUUUCAGAGUUACAUUUUCAAAUGUACAAGUAUCAAAUAGUUGCUUCUAUUUGAGUCCAAUAUGGAUACUCAGAUCUUUGGACCCAAAAUUGAUGGUGAAAUUAUUCUGACUUGAUUGCAUUAAUAGAUAUUUUUUGGGGGGACACAUUACAAUCAUAGUAAACCUAUCAGUAACUUUAUUUUCUUUUACUAAAAUUAAGAGUUCACUUUAGAAAUAGUGAUUUUAGUUGGAUGAGCACAAAAGAAGUCAUUUGUAAAAUUUUUCUUUGGUACUAGUAUUUGUUUAGCAUGGGCUUGCCAGUGGAGAGGGAGCGGAGUAAUACAUUAGUGUCUCUGCGGCUAAAAGAGGUCCAUCAGGUCAUGGAUGGGGAAAUUGCAGAGUCCUAGAAUGUCAUGUAGUAUGGAUGUGCUGCGGGUCUCCUUCCUCGGGGAUCAUCAGCCCCCAGUCUUUGAGAGUGGAGGGAAGCAGAAAUGAGGAACAAGGUUCAUAUGGCUGUGGAAACAAAGAAGACAGCCCCCGGGACAUGACUUCAGUGAGACAGCUCUGUUCCAGAGGAUGUAGAAUAUAUGGGUAGCAGGGAACUAUGCCAAGGGCUACACUAUAAGUCAGGCAAGGGGCCUAGAAACAUCCUCCAAAUAAGGGUAGGUAGAGAGGAGGAAGCCUUUCUGGGGAGGAGGUCC